AACCACACAAAAAAAAUAAUGCAUGUCUGCUAGUACCCCCACAUGUGCGAUAAUAAAUAACCCCCGGCCCCCGCCCCGGCACCGGGACCCCCGUGUUCAGCCUCUCCUGUCUCCUAGAUCCAAGAUGGCUGCGGGAGGGUGCGGCGGCGCUCCGUGUCUCAACGUCUCCAUCCCGGGACCCCUCGGCAACGUCCUCCCGAGCAACAGCGCCCAGGCUUCGGCCACUAGCACCGGGGGAGCCGCGCCGGCGGCGGUGGCGGGGGGGUCCGGGCGCGCCAGUAACUUCAACCCGCAGCCGGGCCCGGUCGGAGGCAGCAGCACCGGAGACGCAGUUGCGGCUAACCCGGUGACAGUGGCCUCUAGUCCCCCCCAGCCGGCGGGGGCCGCCGGGGUGGAGGCGGCCUCAGUGCUCGUUUACCGAGAGCCCGUCUACAAUUGGCAGGCCACCAAAAGCACGGUGAAGGAGAGGUUCGCGUUCCUCUUCGGUAACGAGGUGCUCAGUGACGUGCACUUUCUGGUAGGAAAGGGGAUGGGAGUGCAGAGGAUACCUGCGCACAGGUUUGUGCUGGCAGUGGGCAGCGCUGUGUUCGAUGCCAUGUUCAACGGGGGAAUGGCGACAACAUCCACUGAGAUCGAGCUGCCAGACGUGGAGCCAGCGGCCUUCCUCGCCCUGCUCAAGUUCCUGUACUCGGACGAGGUGCAGAUCGGGCCGGAGACGGUGAUGACCACGCUGUACACGGCUAAGAAGUACGCAGUGCCGGCGCUGGAGGCCCACUGCGUGGAGUUCCUGAAGAAGAACCUGAGAGCCGACAACGCCUUCAUGCUGCUCACACAGGCCCGGUUGUUUGACGAGCCCCAGCUGGCCAGUCUGUGCCUGGAGAACAUCGACAAGAACACGUCCGACGCCAUUAACGCAGAGGGCUUCACAGACAUCGACCUGGACACGCUGAUGGCGGUGCUGGAGCGGGACACGCUGGGUAUUCGGGAGGUGCGUCUCUUCACGGCGGUGAGCCGCUGGUCAGACUCAGAAUCCCAGAGGCAGCAGCUGCAGCCGAGCCCAGAGAACAAGCGGCGUGUCCUGGGCAAGGCGCUGCCCCUCAUCCGCUUCCCACUCAUGACCAUCGAGGAGUUCGCUGCAGGCCCGGCUCAGUCUGGUAUUCUGACGGACAGGGAGGUGGUCAGUCUCUUCCUGCACUUCACGGUGAAUCCGAAGCCACGCGUGGAGUUCAUCGACCGGCCGCGGUGCUGCCUGAGGGGGAAGGAGUGCAGCAUCAACCGCUUCCAGCAGGUGGAGAGCCGCUGGGGGUACAGCGGGACGAGCGACCGCAUCCGGUUCUCUGUGAAUCGCAGGAUAUUCGUGGUUGGGUUCGGCCUGUAUGGAUCGAUCCACGGGCCCACGGACUACCAGGUCAACAUCCAGAUCAUCCACACGGACAGUAACACAGCUCUGGGUCAGAACGACACUGGGUUCAGCUGCGACGGCACGGCCAGCACCUUCCGCGUGAUGUUCAAGGAGCCGGUCGAGAUCCUGCCCAACGUCAACUACACUGCCUGCGCCACACUCAAGGGACCAGACUCUCACUACGGUACGAAGGGGCUACGGAAGGUGAUCCACGAGGCCUCCACCACCGGGACCAAGACCUGCUUCACAUUCUGCUACGCGGCCGGGAACAACAACGGAACCUCAGUGGAGGAUGGGCAGAUACCCGAGCUCAUCUUCUACACAUAGACACAGAGAGACUGAGUGGAGAGAGGGGCUGGGGAGAGAGACUGAGAGGAGGGGGGGAGAGCAAGACUGAGAGGGGCUGGGGGGGAGUGGGAGGAGAGGUGGAGGGAGGGAAGACUGAGAGGGACUUAGAAGAGAAACAGUUUUCAUAUGAGGGGAGAGGCGAGUGUUGCCCCCUCAUCGUUUCCAGCAGCAUGCCAUACACACACGCCUGCAUCUCUGCAUGCAUCAUCUCUUUGACCCUGGGAGUUUCAGCGAGCUCCCCUGCCCUCCUCCUCCUCCUUGGAUCAAAACCAUCACCCCCCCCCCCCCCCCCCCCCCCCCCCCCCCCUUUGCAGCGUCGGACGGAGUGUUGCUCCAGUAACCCCUGGAUGCAUAUUGCCCCCUCCUCCUUGUGUGUCCAGGGCAGGGGGGUUGUCUGGAUGCCCCUCUUGCUGUUCUGCAGCGUUGCUCUCUUGUAAGGAAAUGGUCCUGGGAAGUCUUUCUGUUCCUCAUCACUAACAUUAUAUAACAAAACUAAACAACAAUCCCUAAAAGGCGUUCUGAACGGAGCUUUGCUUGUCCAGCCCUGUGUGCGUCCCUACAUCCCUGCAUCCACGCAAAGCUUCCCAUCGCUGCUGUGGCAUAUCCGUGUCAGUUUCAAAAGAAGAGUUAUACUGCGCUUCGCGAAACCUGGGCGCUGCGCUGGGGAAUGUGGGUUAUGGCGUGGAUAAAAAAUCAUUCGCUCUUCAUUCCAGUAAUUAUAACAGCAGCUUCAUCCACUGAACUGUGUUUGGCAUGUUCAGUGCUUUCUCUGCUUGGUCUCCUAGUUUGCUGGAUGGUGAAAAUUCAUCACGGGACUCGGAGGAGACACAGCGAUUGCUUUGGUGCGGCUUGUUUCCAGCUGUUAACUUUUUACUGCGUGGUUUGUGCGUCAUUAAGAAAGAGUACGGUGGCUCGUUGAGGACAAUAAAAAAAAUUUAAAUCCUGAAAUAACUCAGGAUCUCAACAAAUAUGAUUGCCCCCCUGUUCUUAAUGAGCCACUGUCAAUAUGAAACAAGCACAGCAGGCAGCUUCAAGUGAAAUACCAGCACAGUGAAUCUGGAACAGCUCAAACACUCCCGUCUUGGGAGAGGAGUCCAGGUCUGUGUUGGUAACAUCUCCUAAAUGAUUGAAUUGAACUGGUACAGGUGCACCCCUGUAAGGGCGAGGUGGUGGAACCCCAGGGAUUAGGGAGUUAAUAUGAAGAAGCAACAUGUCAUUUUUUAAAAAUCAUUAAGAAUGUAAUGUAUCAGCAGUUUCAAUGUGGACCAAAAUCCAUCAGGGGGGAGAGAAUUGAUACUGUACUGGUAAUGUAAACCAAAAUACUAAAAACUAUAAAUCACACAGCCACCAAAAGUACUGAAGACUCUUGAACAAAUGUAAAAAUUAUUAAUAUGAUCAAUGUGUUCAAGUUAAUGUAGUGUCUAUUUUGCAUCUGCUUUGUGAGUUUAAGAUCUGUACAUAUACAUUAAAAAUAAAAACUAUA